AGAUACAGAGAGAGAGAGAGAGAGAGAGAGAGAGGGGAAAAUCCAGACACAAUAAGAAUAAAAGGAAGACAAAGAGGAGGAGAGGGCGAGCCAGAGACCAUGCUGAGGAGGAAGAGGAGCGUGUCUUUCGGAGGCUUCGGAUGGAUAGAUAAGUCUACAGUCAGCGCCCUGAGAGCUCGUAAACAGGAGCUCCUGACCAUCUCCAAUGUUGCUGUCGGAGACUGCCCCCCCUCUCCCCCCCGCACCGCACCCCCCACCAUGAAGUCGCCUCAUUUCUUUGACACGAUGGAGAAGAUGGAGCAGGUCCCCGAGGCCGCCGAGACGAAGGCAGUCCCUCAGAGACAGAAGGACGACUACAUUCCUUAUCCGAGGAUUGAAGAGGUGUUGGAGAGGGGGGCUCCGUACCCUCAGCUCAUCCUGCCAGAGUUCGGAGGUUACUGGAUCGAGGAUCCCGAGGCUGAUCCUCCUCCCGUCUCCCUGGAGAUCAAAGGAGGGGGGGAGGAGGGGGACACAGCCCCAGGGGAUUAUGGGUACCGCCUGGAGCAGAUCAGCGAGGCAGCACAGGCGUACAGGAAGCACUUUUUGGGCAGGGAACAUCUGAACUUCUCGUGUUCAGCCAGCAGUGUUGGGAACCUGCUGCUGUCUCUGAGACAUGAAGAGGACAAAGAUCAGGAGUCCCUCCAUGUUCUCAUCAGGUCUCGGGUGAAGAGCGUCUACAGCAGAUUGUCUCUGACGGAGCUGCCUGACAUCCCCAGUGUCCCGGAGCUCGCCAAGCUGCUGUGUGAUGAAGCAGCUGGUCUACGUUUCAGUCCCGUCCUCUACCCGAAGGCGUCUCAGCUGAUAGUAAACUACGACGAGCACGAGGUCAACAACACCUUCAAGUUCGGAGUCAUUUAUCAGAGAUUUGGACAGGUGUCUGAGGAGGAGCUGUUCAGGAACAACGUGGAGACGCCAGCUUUCACCGAGUUUCUCCAGCAGCUGGGAGACACAGUGGAGCUGCAGGACUUCAAGGGGUUUCGGGGGGGUCUGGAUGUGUCUCACGGUCAGACCGGGUCUCACUCGGUCUACACGGUCCACCGACAGCAGGAGAUCAUGUUCCACGUCUCCACCAAACUGCCCUUCACUGAGGGAGACACACAGCAGCUCCAGAGGAAACGCCACAUAGGGAAUGACAUCGUGGCGGUGGUGUUCCAGGAAGAGGCCACGCCGUUCGUCCCCGACAUGAUCGCCUCCAACUUCCUGCACGCCUUCAUCGUGGUGCAGGCGGAGGAGCGUGGCUUCUACAAGGUGUCCGUGACAGCACGAGAAGACGUACCUGCGUUCGGCCCGCCCCUCCCUAAUCCAGCUGUUCUGAAGAAGGGUCCAGAGUUCAGAGACUUUCUGCUCACCAAACUCAUCAACGCAGAGCUGGCCUGCUACAAGAGCGAGCGCUUCGCCCGCCUGGAGGAGCGUACCCGGGCCGCCUUGCUGGACACCCUCCACGAUGAGCUGUACAGACGCUCCCAGUGCAUGCUGGGAUUGACGUCAGGUCUAGAGGAGGAGGGGCGAGCUGAGAACGGACACGCCCACGGAGGUCUGCUGGAGUCCAUCAAGAGGGCGAUGCGGGGACGGAGCGUCUCCAUGGAGACCAUGUCGCGGGGCGGGGCCGGCCUGCCCACCAGUCUGAGUGGGGGGGGUCUGGCACACAUCAGCCCCGAGUGUAAUGUGAAAUCUCCCGUGAAGAGACGAUCAGGACUUUUUCCUCGUCUGCUGAGCGUUGACAGCCAGACGGAGAGACCCAGCCCCAGGAGCCUUCUUAGUGAGCAGAGGAGCUUCGACAGCUGCUGUCAACCAACACUGGAGGAGCCGUCCAAUCCCAGCUCUCCAGAGGCGGGACAACGAGACAGGUGUGUUCACAUGAAGAAGGAGAGCGGUAAGAUUUCCAGAUCAACGUCCAGCACCUGCAGCUUCAGCAUCCCAGCUGACGACACACACCUGCUGGCCCAGGCUGUGCCGGUAGAAGGUCAGAGUUCAGGUCCGAUCAUCGUGUGUCGCAGCCCCACAGAGAUGAGAAAUAAAAACUCUCCCAGAUCCAACCUCAAGUUCCGCUUUGACAAGUUGAGUCACUCUGCUGCAAAUAACAACAAGGAGGGUUAGCCAACCGCCGGCCUCCGCCCAGGAAGAGGAGGAGCUUACUGUGAAGACGCACGGAGGAGGAAACAGCUGCGUCUCUUCUGCUCGCCACACCUGCAGGACUGUGCAUGCCAACACACACCACACUCUCACUCCCAGCGCUCGG